CACACACACACACACACACACACACACACACACACACACACACACACACACACACGGUUGUUUUUUUAAAUCAGGUCUGUUGAUCUUCUGACUGAUGGAUGUACUUCCUGCCUGUUCCCGAAUCUCAUCCUGGUAUUCCAGGCUCUUUGUCCCAGUACUUCAGACUUUUCCCAGUUAAAAGUUGGAUGAUUUUAGCUGACAUGAAAAUAAAAAUAAUGUCAUGUCCCCUGAGCUCAGAGAUAGUGUGCUUUUAUUAUUUUAUUCCAUCUCUAAAUGUUGAUGCUGCGGUAUUUGCAUUCCAGCUUAGCCUAUCACGAGAAUGCAGCUGAGAAUGGGUCUGCAGCGCACACACACACACACACACACACACACACACACACACACACACACACACACACACACACACACACACACACACACACACACACACACACACACACACACACACACACACACACACACACACACUCACACCACAUCCAUUUGUAUCACUUCACACACACAAUUCUGGAAUCCUUCAUCUGUCCUCUGGUCUAACCAGUGUGUCGAAGUUCAAACAAAAAAUGUGCACGCUGGAGUGCACGCCGAGGCCAACUCAGACGCACAGAGGCACCCGGCUGAAAUGCACCCCGACGGGGGAAUCAACAAAUCAUAAAUCAGCAGAUUUCUACCCUGUGUGCAUGUCUCAGAUCAGGUUUAACAUUCUUGCCUCUCAGCUGGAGGGGCAAGAAGGACCCGAGGAGAGAAUCACUUCUCUUUCAUACAUUUUCUCUGUUUCUGGAUUAGGAACUAAAACCAGAAAAGGGGAAAAUAAACAGCAGGUCUGGCUGUCCGCUUACUUCCUGUUUCCUGUAGGGAUGAAUCUGGCCUGUUGUGACCCUCCAUGUUGCGUUUCUGACUGAAAUGAUUCGUACUGAUGCUGCUCCGCUUCCUUUCUCAGGUCUCAUGCACUUUCAGCUGAAGCUAGACUGAAAGCAGCUGUUUCUGCUCUUUAUGUUGUCUGGAUUCUAAAUCCAGGUCAAUUAAAAGAGCGGCUACGUGCACGCGCACGUCCGUGCGCAAGGGGCGGGGGGGUGAUGGAGAAAGAGAGGUGGGUGUUUUAUAACUCAUCUAUGAGGCUCCUCACCCUCACCCGGCCCCACAAAUAGGUGCAAUAAAUAAUAGGAGCAGUGGGUGGCGCUCUUAAAUCACGAGCGAGAUGUCCUCUCUCUCUCUCUCUCUCUCUCUCUCUCUCUCUCUCUCUCUCUCUCUCUCUCUCCCUCCCUCUCUCUCUCUCUCUCUCUCUCUCUCUCUCUCUCUCUCUCUCUCUCUCUCUCUCUCUCUCUCUCUCUCUCUCUCUCUCUCUCUCUCUCCCUCGCCCAACCCUUUAGCAUUAGAAACCUCAGAGAAAGAAUUACCUCUCCCAAGUCAUCGGUGAGAAUUUACGACUGGUCUACAAAAGCACGUGACCACCCCUCCCCGUUCGUCCGUGUCGCUCUCGCUCUGUCUCCUCCCUCACCUUCCCCAUCACACACGCGCGCGUGCGCGUUCGCCACCCCCUUAUUUGAACGGCGCAUCCAGCUAAAACCGAAGUACAGUGCGUCGCCAUAAUUCACUAAUACAUCAUAAAUCGUAGAAAGUGCCGCGUUACAACGAGCAGGAGAAACCUGACAACUUAAGGUGCCCCCCUCCUGCUCAGCUGUUCGCUCUCCAACAGCUAAAUGAGCUCUUAUUUUGUAAACUCGUUCUCGGGGCGCUUCCCUAACGGUCCAGACUACCAGCCACUGAAUUAUGGAGUCAGCAGCGCGGCGUUCAGGGACUCUUCCUCCGCCACCGCGCACCACGCCACCGGCUCCUACGGCUACAGUGGCAUGGAUCUGACCGUGACCAACCGGGGAGGAGAGUGCAACAGGGCAGACAGUGGACGACACUUUGGGGGCGGCUCGCUGGCUGAGAACUCCCUGGGCUUUGGCUUCAGACAGCCCCCCAGCUGCUCCCCGAACUCCGCGGGAAGCUCGCUCAAGUCCGGCGGGGUUGAGAAACCCCAGAAGACGUGCCCUCACUGGGAGAAACCCGGUAGCACUACCCUCAGCUCUCCAUUGUCCUCCUCGUCUUCAUCACCCGCUGGCGGCGCGGCGCUGCGCUACACGGAGCUGGACGACGCGUCAUCGGAAACAGAGGAGCUGUGGAACAACCGGGACGCCGGUCACGGGAGUAAUCCGACGCUCAGCGCCGAGCGGGUGGUUCAGAAGAAAGAGAACACUCCGACGGGAUCAGGGGCGUACAGCGAGGCUCAGAGCCCGCAGAUCUUCCCCUGGAUGAGGAAGCUUCACAUCAGCCAUGAUAUGAACGGGCCCGACGGGAAACGCGCGCGGACAGCCUACACCCGUUACCAGACUCUGGAGCUGGAGAAGGAGUUCCACUUCAACCGGUACCUCACGCGGCGGAGGCGCAUCGAGAUCGCGCACGCGCUCUGCCUCACGGAGCGGCAGAUCAAGAUCUGGUUCCAGAACCGGAGGAUGAAGUGGAAGAAAGACAACAAGCUGAAAAGCACGAGUCCCGAUGCGGACAGCGGCGCCUUCCAGGCUUAAACAUUCAGAACGGACCCGAACCGCACCGAUCCGUGCGGACCUGCAAGCCUGACAGGACGGAGACGGAACCAUUAGCUGAAUGAAAUGAAGAAAACUUGAACAGAAUCACCUCUAGUGAAGCUGUCAGAGAAGAAACUGGUCCCGGAUUAAAAUCUAAUCUAGAAUUCAUCAGCGCGUGAUGUUGUCACAUUAGCUAUGGCCUAGCCUACAGCUCCUGAUGUAGUCAUGAACGUGAGAGGAUAUGAAAACAUGACAUUUAUCCACUCGCUCUGACCAUUGUUGUCAAGUGCAAUGUUGUGCUGUGUGUGUGUGUGUGUGUGUGUGUGUGUGUGUGUGUGUGUGUGUGCGUGCGUGCGUGCGUGCGUGCGUGUGUGUGUGUGUGUGUGUGUGUGUGUGUGUGUGUGUGUGUGUGUGUGUGUGUGAAUAUAAAUCAGCCCCCAGCCUUCCUUGUCGCAUCUAUGUGGUGUAGUUCUAUAACCGGUGCUUUUUGUAUGGUUUGUAGUUUGAGUCAAAACAAAAGGAGAAAUAAAUUUUGUCAUGAAACCCUCACGGUGGACUAGAAACGAU